GACGAGCCCUGGCCACGUGACUACUAGGCCGUCAGUUGUAUUUCCCCGAGGCGGAGUGAAUUUAAGGAUAAGGGAGGCCAACUUUACAACUCGGAGUGAUAGCCUGUAGUAUGGCCUGAGUGUUUGACCUUGCGGGACAUUUCUGUGGUUGGGACAACGCAUCCUUCGGCAGCCUGAUAUAAUUAAUCGCUUGAGAGCAACUGCAACGAGCUUCGUGAACCCGGAAGUAAACCUGUAAGGUCGUCAUGGGGAGCAAAGUCAGCUCCAAAAUGGCAGCUCCAGCCGCUCGAGUUAUCCAGGCUGUUCGGCCUCAUGCUCCUCUGAUCAAGUUUCCCAAUAGACAUAACAUCCCAAAGCCUAAUGCCCAAGAGGCAUUGAAAACAUUAGCAGUUAACUUUCAACAACACAACUCUCCCAAUUCCCCCUCAGCUGCAGCACCGCCUCAGUUAUCUAGAAGUCAUGUACCUUUGACUCCAAUCCCUGGCACCCCAGACACCCUGGCCUCCAUUAAUCUUCUCCCUGCAAGGUAUCGUAGGAGACCGAUGGCGGUGGACGAGAUGGAAUACAUUCAGCGUGGUGGACCAGAGUGACAUGACUCGACUCAAUCACUGCAACCAAAGUCCUUAUCUGUGGAGAUCAGUAUGUGUCUUUAAAUCUGUCCCUCAGCACAAGAGAACCUAAUGCCACACGAGACAUGACGUAGAAUAAAGUAUAACAUGAAUCCUGUUGAAAUGUACAUAUGUUUAUUUUUUUUUUAGAUGUUAAUCUUAAGUUGUAUUUUAAGUUCAUACUAAAGGACAUCUACAUUGCACUCUUUGUUGUGUUAAGACACAGUAAAGCCAUAACAACAGCUUCUGGAUUUUCCUUAUUUUACUGUUUUGGCACUACAACUAUUCAUUACACAUUUCAUGUUAAAACCUGGUCUCGGCUGGCAUUUUGACAAAUGUUAUCCAGCACAAAACUGCUCACAACAUUGUUCUGAUUUUGAAUUUUGUCACAUAAUUUGUUCACUUGCAAUGCCACCACACCCAGAUACAAGCUCUAGACUCUGGUAUGUAGAAGAUAAUGUUCUUAAGGUCUAUUUGCCCUUCAUGCCUUUCAUUGCAAUUAAGUGACUGAUCUGUCUCUUGGAACUAAACAAGACUGAAGGGAUGAUGCUGGAUAUCAAGUUGCAAUAGUGUUGAGUGUUGUGUGAAAUACUGGAUUUAAAUGAUUAAAAGAUUAUUGUAUUUUG